AAUAUCACAAGGUUCGAUGCACUUUCUUUAAUGGCGUUUCAUUGCCGUCUUUAUAACGCUCCACCCUCAAUCACCGCCGUCUCUCCUCUCUCCUCCGCACGCUAUCACCAACUCCUCCCCUCACUGAAUCCUUACCUCAACUUUAACCGCGAAGGAAGUUUGUAUUGGGAUGGCUGGCGGAGAAGGGGCGGCGUUGAGGUGCGAAACGACGACGGAGAGGAGAGUGAUGUCUGAAGAUCGAAUGCUGGCGAUUGUUCCGCCGCACGCUUUGAUAAAACACUGGAUUUCGGUUCUCCGGAAUGAGCAGACUCCUUGUCCGAUUUUCAAAAAUGCCAUGGCUGAGCUAGGGAGAUUGCUAAUGUAUGAAGCUUCAAGAGAUUGGUUGCCAACCAUAACAGCCGAGAUUCAAACACCGGUGGCCAUUGCCUCUGUUGAGUUUAUUGAUCCAAGUGAACCUGUUGUGAUUGUUCCCAUCUUGAGAGCUGGCCUAGCUCUUGCUGAGCAUGCAUCAUUAAUUCUGCCUGCUACAAAAAUUUAUCAUCUGGGAAUCAGUAGAAAUGAAGAAACCCUUCAACCAACAGUAUACUUGAACAAGCUUCCUGACAAAUUUCCCGAUGGUUCUCGCAUUUUUCUUGUUGAUCCUAUGCUGGCUACAGGCGGUACAGCAGUUGCAGCUCUUGAUUUGAUAAAGAAACGUGGAGUUGAGAACAAGCAAAUUAAAGUGAUAUCUGCUGUUGCUUCUCCGCCAGCUCUUCAAAGGCUCCACGAGAAGUUUCCAGGGCUACAUGUAUAUGCUGGAACUGUUGACCCCAAAAUCAAUGAAAAAGGGUUUAUAAUCCCGGGGCUUGGAGACGCAGGGGACCGAAGUUUUGGCACAUAAAUGAAACAGUAGGUCCAACAAUAUAUUCCAAUAAUGUUGGAGCAUGGAAGAGAAUCGUCUGUUCGAUGGGAAGAAAGUUUUACAAGCUUUGGUUCGGUGAGGUUUUGUCAGAAAAAAAAAAUAGUUGGGAGUUUUCAAGCCUUCUAUAUCUUUAUUUGUUAGAAAUAAAGCAUUGAAGAUUAUGAGCUUUAAACUUGAAGCAUUGACUCGUUGUCUGACUAUAAUGGAGAAGAGAAACUUUUAGAAUAAUGUUUUAUAACAAUUCAAAAACGCAUUUUCUAAAAAGAAACAUGUUUUUAGGGCUCAAAUUUAUUUUUAAAAAAAUGUGCUCAUGAUGUUAAAAUCUUAUACUUUUGAAAUAUCCACCCAUCUAUUUAAACUUCAUGAUGCAAAGCUCCGAUCUUUGAUUGAUUGAAGCA